AUGGAUCAAUCAUGGCGCCCCAGAGUACCAUCAGGUAAUCUCUGCCCAGUCUGCUCGAAUUCACACUUCCCAUUUUGUCCUCCACCUUUCCCAGAUUUCACCAGACCACCCCCUAAAUUUCCGCCUCCAACACCGCAAUUCUCAGAUCAAUUCUACCAACGACCCCCGCCCCCACGACCACCGCCACUACAGCCGCCGUAUGAUCCAUUUGUUGAUCAUCGUGGCUCCACAAUGAAUGCUUAUCCACCGCCGCUGGUGCCGCAUAGGAUAUGGAAUGAUAAUUCUAAUUUUAAUGGUGACACGUAUGGGAGUACUCGUCUUGAGUAUGAUUUUAAUAAUGGUCAGGUUGGUGUCAAGAGAAUGAGAUUCGAGGAUUCGGGCCCUCCUCCCGGCCCGUAUAUGAGUGAACAACAAGUCAAUUCAUUGCGGCUUUUUGCUGAGGAUGAGAGGAGAUUGAAGUUGAUACAUGAUCAUGGAGCAGCGAGUCAGAAUUUAGGUACUAAUUACGAUGGUGGGUAUAAGAUUUCCAGUAAUAAUUUUGAGAGGAGUGGUUUUCGCGUUCUGGGUGUUGGGCGUUUUGAGAGGGAUGGGGGAGUUAAUUGUCAAGAAAGUGAUUCAAAUAUGAAGCGAAAACGUGAAGAAGAGCAUUUUGAGUAUCAGUAUAGCGAAAAUAAUAAGAAUCCGUACAACCGAACAGGGAGUGAUUUGAUUCUGAGUCGCGCAUAUGGAACUAAUGGUCAUGAAGCUGAUGGUUACAUUGAUGCGUUAUGUAAAGAGCAGAGACAGGGAGGCCGGCAGUUGAACAAUCAGUUUCCACAGCCCUAUAAUAUGCAACAACAUUUAAUGGAGCCAAAACCUACCAAUUAUAGAUUAUCAAAUUUGAGUGGGAUGAAUAUGGGUCCGAUGCAGGAUUCUCUGGUGUUUAGUGGCCAACCUCCACUUCCCAAUUCACCACCGCCACCCCUUCCCAUGGAACAGCCGGUGUGCCAUUUGUCAGAGCAUGUCGUUUCAUCGCCUUCAGCAGGAAUGAGCUCUUUGUUUCCAAUUCCAGCUGAAUCUGCAGCCUCUUUGCUGUCAUCAAACACUGCAGUUUCUGAAGCAAUCACCUCAGCGCCAGUGUAUUAUCCAAGUAAAGCCAGCCUGAAUUCAAGUGGUUAUCCAAAUGAGGAAGUUCGUGCAAUGCGGACGGCUCCAUCCAAGACAAAAUCAGUAGAAAGCGAACAGUUUCCUCCUCGGCGACCCUCUUCUGACAAACCGAAAGUUAUUGAUGCCUCAUACAUUUUGAAGUAUCCACAUCGUGCUACCCGCCCUGAUCAUAUUGUUAUAAUUCUCCGAGGACUUCCAGGCAGUGGAAAGAGUUACUUGGCAAAAUUGCUACGCGAUCUUGAGGUUGAAAAUGGUGGCAGUGCUCCAAGGAUUCAUUCCAUGGAUGAUUAUUUCAUGACUGAAGUUGAAAAGGCUGAGGAGAGCGACGGUUCAAAACCUUCUGGUUCUGUUCGUGGGAAAAAAGCAGUCACGAAGAAGGUCAUGGAGUACUGUUAUGAACCGGAAAUGGAGGAGGCAUAUCGAUCGAGCAUGUUGAAGGCAUUUAAGAAGACCCUUGAUGAAGGGGUUUUCUCCUUUGUAAUUGUGGAUGACCGCAAUCUGCGGGUAGCUGAUUUUGCUCAGUUUUGGGCAAUUGCAAAGAGAUCUGGGUACGAGGUUUACAUACUUGAAGCCACAUACAAGGACCCAGUGGGCUGUGCUGCAAGGAAUGUGCAUGGUUUCUCCCAUGGUGACAUACAAAAAAUGGCUAAUCAAUGGGAAGAAGCUCCAUCUCUGUAUAUGAAGCUAGACAUCAAGUCGUUACUCCAUGGAGAUGAUUUGGAGCAAAAUGGCAUCCAAGAGGUUGACAUGGAUACAGAAGAUGUUGAUCAUAAUUGUGAUCUCUCUGGUUCACAAGAAAGAAAUGUUGAAAAUUUCGCAGGUUCUUCUAGAGAAGAUCUUCCCUUUGAUUGUUCAUCGAAAGAUGAUCAGAAAUGGGACACUGAGGAAGAUCAUCCUGUGGAGGAAGUCAUAGAAUUGCGAAAGAGUAAGUGGUCAAAUGAGUUGGACGAGGAUGACAAAAGGACAGAAGUGACCCGAGAAAAUUUAAAUGCUCUUUCUGGGUUGAUUCAAUCUUACAGCAAGGAAGGUAAAUCUGUGCGGUGGGCCGAUAAGGUUGGCAGCAGUGGAUUUUCGAUAGGUGCAGUUAAAAUGUCAAACAUGUUAUCUCUAGUAAUUGGUCCUGGUGUUGGAUACAACUUGAAGUCAAAUCCGUUGCCUGAAGAAGAAAAGCUGAGUUCCCAAAGACGUGGCGAAUCGAAGAGGCAAAACAUGUUCCAGGAACAAUUACGUGCUGAGCAAUCUUCUCGUGAUGUUGGGCAUGCUUUGAUGCCCCUAUUCCCGACAUGUUGCUGCUCGGGAUCAUGGAACUAUCGCUCGAGAAACAGUGAUGAUUGGCCUUUUUGA